AUGGCCACUACAACCCAAGGAAUAGUAGUUGAUCCGGCUAAAAUUGAGACAGUGGUGAAGUGGGAGAGGCCCCAGAUAGUUACAAAGGUGCAGAGUUUUCUGGCUUUGGCAAGGUAUUAUCGACGAUUUGUGGAGGGUUUCUCCAAGAUGGUGAGUCCCCUGACACAGCUCACCAGGAAGGACCAGCCUUUUUCGUGGACGGAUGAGUGUGAGGCCUGCUUUGAAGAUAUGAAGAGAAGAUUGACUACCGCACCAAUACUGGUUAUCCCUGACACGACUAAAAUGUUUGAGAAGGAGCUGAAUGUGAGGAAGAGGCGUUGGAUGGAGUAUCUAAAGGACUACGACUUUGAGCUAUUAUACCACCCUGGUAAAGCUAACGUCGUAGCAGAUGCCUUGAGUAGGAAGAGAAUUCAUGUGUCAACUAUGAUGAUUAGAGAGUUGGAGCUGAUAGAACAGUUAUAG